AUGGAAAACGGCAGUGAAUUUGCAGACCCGAAAUGCGAGAGCAAUGACAAUUCCAGAACCGUUACAACAGCUAAUCAAGACCCGUUGUCGUACACCGAGUACGCGGAUCGUAUCGGUUCCGUAUUCUCGCAACUGUAUUAUUCCGUAAUGCGAUCGUCGCCCGAAUACGCACACGAUUUUUACGACGUGAACGGCGAGUACAGGACGAUCUACGCGGACGGAUCGACCGUCGUCGCCAGGACCCGCAACCAAGUAAAAAGUGUUUUAAUGCGGCCAACGUCCGAGUCCGAUUAUGUGAUAAAAUCGGUUUCAUCGAUGCCCUGCGGCGGACAGUCCGACGGCCUGUUAGUCGACGUGACCGGUGAGCGGUUCAUUCAUACUUUCGUCAUUGAGUACCGUCCGGAAAUGAUCUUGGGUUACGCCAUUGUGGUGUCCUUGACUCGAUACGUUUCUACGGUACCGGCCGCCGACCACCAGACACCGGUAACAAAAUUCCCGGAAAGCGAAUCCCCGGCUAUUACCGGCAGUACAUCGUCCAUGAGUCUAGAAACACGCGACAACUGUUCGCCAAACACAGCCGCCUGCAACGAACCCAUUCCCGAAAAUGUUUCCAAUGAUAUCACGAUAAAUGAUACCGUCUCCGAAAAAUCUGCCGAUAUCAUGUCCGUCCCUGCUGAGCCCGACUUUUCGAUUACCGCUACCACUAAUAAAGAGCCGGAUACCGCCGCCGAAAACAUUAGAAACCCAGUUAUGUCUUCUAAAAACAUAUCCAUUCAAGAACCUGCUAUUUCAAUAACCGAAACUGUUGAUAUCACAGAACAUGAUAUUGAACAAGAAAGAAAUCAAAAACCAGAUAUAUAUUCUGAAAAAACGUCCGUCCCGGCACCCGCCUCCACAAAUACCGCUCACGAAAAUAUAGAACACAAACCCAUUACCAAACACGAGAGAAUGAAAAAACAUUUAUGCAAUUUAGUUCUGUUUUCUGCUGCCUGUUGGGUUGUGUAUCGAUAUGUCUUAUAA